UAAGUCCAUUUUAAUUGCACUCUCUCGCUUGACUCUUUACAGCCCGUCCACCUAAGCCUUCAUUUCGGCUCCCUCCGCACCACCAUGAGGACUGCCGUGGUGGCCGUUGUCAUGGUGAUGUUGUGUACAUCAAUGGCGCACAGUGAUGUUAGGCCGCAGAGGGAUUUCAACCUGCAGAGGUUUGUGGGUAGGUGGUUCCGCGUGGGUUUGGCGUACGACUCGGCAAGCUUUGUCCCGUACCGAGACAAACUGAGGGCAUCCCUGGGUGUCGUCACAGCGCAGGCAAAUGGCAACGUUAACCUCACGAUGUGGGACGCCAUGCCGGCAGGGUGUCGCAGUAAAAUGUACUAUUAUGAGAAGACAAACAUUCCAGGACAGUUCACCUACUUCAGCACACGUCACAACAUGGUGAAGGACAUUACCGUUGUGGAGACCAACUACAGCGAAUAUGCACUGGUGCUCAAACACAAAGUAUUUCACAGAGAGUACACCCAGGUGGCCCUUUAUGGUCGCACUCAGAGGUUGAGAGUUGAGGUCAUUCAGAAGUUUAAAGCCUUCGCUUUGUCCCAAGGAUUUCCAAGAGAAGCCAUUCUCACCCUGCCGUCAGCAGCAAUUUUCAGAGGAAAAAAUUGUAAAAUACAGAGAAAAUGAUGACAACUGCCCUCCAUCGCCAUCUGGAUAGGUCCCUUGUCGCUUCUCCAGUGUGUUCAAUUGCCAUUUUUUUCCUUUCAAUUAUAAACUGACAACGAGGAUGAUAACAUAACAAAGCAUUCUGAAGUGAUGCAAAUCCUGAUGUACAUUAUCUUUCCAUCUCUUCUUUGCGCUUCUUCCUGUCUCUGAUAUUGCAAAUUUUACUGUCAUAAUUCUUUUCUUGAAAAAUAUGCAGAUUUGUUCUUAAUAUUAGAAACCUUUUCCUCUUAAGAAAUUGUGACUUAUUUUCAAAUUACAAAUUUAUCCUGUAAUAUUGUAACUUUUCUCUUAUUUUUGCAACAUUAUUCUUGUUAUAUUUGAACUUUUUUCAUAAUAGUGCCAUGUUAUUCUCAUAAGAUUACAAAUUUCUUCAUCAUAAUUUUGCAGCUUUAUUCUCCUAAUUAGUAUUUUUCUUUAUCAUAUUUUGUUUUCUUGUGACAUUGUGACUAUAUUCCAGUGAAAUUGGUGAAACUGUUAUUGUUUCUGCUGUUUCACAGUGAAAUGCUAAAUAAACUAUUUACAUCAUUA